CACUAAAAAUAUCAACUUUCCCAAAGUCCCCAAACCUUAUAAUAUUUUCAGUUCAAUUCGUCAGUUCAAAAAAAAUAUCACAAUCUAAUCUCUUCGCCCCUCUCUGUCUCUCUUUCACAUCUUCAAUGGCUACUCUCUUAAACCCUUCUACUCUUCUUCUGCCCACAAAAUCCUUUCUUCCGACUCGUCUCCUACUCGCUCCACCACCUACUCUCCAAGUCAACUCACUGACUCACCACCUUCCGUCCUCAUCAACAACAAUAAUUCGUCCUACUCGUUUUAUCAAAGCUUCUGCACUUGACAGUAACUAUUCACCCAAGAGGAGCAGCAGCAAUGAGCCAAGGGAAACGAUAAUGUUACCUGGCUGUGAUUAUAACCAUUGGCUUAUUGUUAUGGAGUUUCCUAAAGACCCUGCUCCUACAAGAGAACAAAUGAUUGAGACUUAUCUUAACACUCUUGCUACUGUGCUUGGCAGCAUGGAAGAAGCAAAGAAGAACAUGUAUGCUUUUAGCACCACUACAUAUACGGGAUUUCAAUGUACUGUAUCAGAAGAAACCUCUGAAAAGUUCAAGGGAUUGCCUGGAGUACUCUGGGUGCUACCUGAUUCCUACAUAGACGUCAAAAAUAAAGAUUAUGGAGGUGAUAAAUAUAUCAAUGGGGAAAUAAUUCCCUGCAAAUACCCUACUUAUCAACCAAAGCCAAGAAAAGAAUCAAAAUAUGUGAGCAAAAGAUAUGAGAGACGAAAAGAUGGUCCUCCUGCAGGACAGUCCCAAUCAAAGCAGGCAGCAAGUCGGCCGGAAUCAUCAUCUUGACAAUUUCAUCAAUGUUUCUCUGCUAGGAGAGGUUGCACUCGUCAAGCUGAUAUCACUAUUCUGCAUGUUAUUGGAAUACAUGUUCUGCAGUACUAUAUAUCUGUUAUAUAAAUUUUCCCCGUAAAGUCUUUGUAGUCGCUUUUUGCAGACAGAAAUGGACCUAUAUGAGUUUGUGGUUUGAAUGUUUUCAAUUGAGAAGUAUGUUAGCAUCACGCCGUUACGAUUACCUUAGAUCUCGCAUCAGAUUUGUUUCCCAUUUAAACUUUCAGCUAUAUGGAUGUGGUUGACCUUUU